UGCGAGGAUCCCGUCCCGGCAAAAACGUUCAGCUCUCUGAAGAUGAAAUCCGCGGCCUGUGCCUCAAAUCGCGAGAGAUAUUUCUAUCUCAACCCAUCUUGUUAGAACUCGAGGCACCUCUGAAGAUUUGCGGUGAUAUCCAUGGCCAAUAUUACGACCUUCUCCGCCUGUUCGAGUACGGAGGAUUUCCGCCAGAAUCGAAUUACUUAUUCUUGGGCGAUUAUGUGGAUCGUGGCAAACAGAGCUUGGAAACGAUCUGUUUAUUACUCGCGUACAAGAUCAAAUACCCCGAGAACUUCUUCUUGCUCCGAGGCAAUCACGAAUGCGCGAGCAUAAACCGCAUCUACGGCUUUUAUGAUGAAUGUAAACGCAGAUAUAAUAUAAAGUUGUGGAAGACGUUCACGGAUUGCUUCAACUGUUUACCCGUGGCUGCCAUCGUAGACGAGAAGAUUUUCUGUUGUCACGGUGGACUCAGUCCCGAUCUCCAGACCAUGGAACAAAUUCGCAGAAUCAUGAGACCAACCGACGUGCCCGAUCAAGGCCUUUUGUGUGACCUAUUGUGGUCCGAUCCCGACAAGGAGACAACCGGCUGGGGCGAGAACGAUCGUGGUGUUUCGUUCACUUUCGGUGCCGAAGUGGCUGCUAAAUUCUUGCGCAAGCACGACUUCGACCUUAUCUGUCGCGCCCAUCAAGUCGUCGAGGACGGAUACGAGUUCUUCGCCAAACGACAACUCGUCACCCUGUUCUCUGCACCCAACUAUUGCGGUGAAUUCGAUAAUGCGGGAGCCAUGAUGUCCGUAGACGAGACGCUCAUGUGCUCAUUCCAAAUUCUCAAACCCGCGGACAAAAAGAAGUUCCCUUCAUAUGGUGGUCUGAAUUCUGGUAGACCCGUGACGCCACCCCGAGGAGCCAACCAGAAGAAGGGCAAGAAAUAAUCACGGGCCUGGACACUUCGCCCGCAUUCAGUCCUGGCCCCUCAAUGACCUUAUCCCAAUCCACUCUCCCAUCCAAUUCUUCGGUGGACAAUCCCCGGAACAAAUGCCCAAUUUUCCCUUUCACAACAACUCCCCCAAACAGAUGUUAACAAAUAUUCCUUCAACCAUAUAGAUGUAGUACUUUCCCCUAAUGCUAAGGGGCGCGUGGCCAUUAGAUACCAGGAACUACUAUGACCACGCACGCUGAUGCCAAAUGGAUUUCCAAAAAAUGAUCAUCAUUAUCUACAACAACAGCAACAACAACCAACACACCAUCAUCAACACAAUAAAACAGAGCGAGAGAGAAAACGUGUAAUUAAACCCAAUUCGCAUCCUUUUGCUUGAGCGCGAAACGGCAAGGGGGUCUGAUUAAGAUUACGACAACACAACGCAACCUCACGGAUGAUCAUCAUCAUUACCAUCAUCCCCUUUGGAAGAAUGACCGAAUGUGUGACAAAGGUGUAAAUGUACGGACGAACGAACUUAAAGUGAAGAAGAUAUCUUACGAAAAGCUAAAAAAACUCAACAUCCACCUCAUUCGACACAAACUACCAAGCCUAGCUCUCCAUUGAACGUUACCAACAAUUUUUGGGGGCUGACCCAAUUGGUGAACGAGAAAGAGCGAACAAGCACAUGAAAACACACACAUACAUCCACAUAUUCUCUCAUUUUCGUUUUUGUAAAAAAUAUAUAUUUAGGAAAUAGUCCGAA